AUGCAGAGAUCAUUAGCCCCUCGACAAUCAAUUUUGUACUUUUGGAAACCCAUGCUGCUGCUGCAGGUCCCAUUUAUUAUCGGCCUCGUUUCUGUUGGCCCAAAGUCCUUCAAAAUGGCGAAUAUAUCACCUUUGAUUGACUCGAUGCUUAGAGAAUAUCUCUUGUUUCGUGGAUUUACUACGACUUUGAAGUCAUUAGAGAAUGAAAUAAAGUCAGACAAAGAUAAAAGCUUCAGGGUUGAAAAAGUUGUUGAUCAAAUCCAGGUGCUCAUUGAAAAUUAUGAUUUGGCAGGGUUAAAGGCGUAUUGGUCUCAUCUUGAUCAACGGUUCUUCUCUAAGCUGCCACAUGAAGCAUAUAAAAAUAUUUGCAAACUAGAAACAAGUGUUCUGCGCCUGUAUCUAGUUCGUGCAAUUCAAAACGCAAAGCAAGAUAAAGUCAAUGAUUUUUUUGACAAAUCUGUUACAGAGCUCCAGAAUGUUCCAACAUGGAAAGAUUGGUUUGCUCUACCUUUCCUGAAGAGCCCAGAGCAAAAUCCAAUGUUUAGCAUCUACUUCACAAGAGUAUGGCAAGAGUCAGUUAUGGUUGCUUUGUAUAACUGCAUAAGCACAGUCUUUAGCAAUAUGAAUUUACCAUCUUUACUGAACUUUGAAAAAGAAAAAAAGAGAAUUGAACAGAUGAAAGAGGAAAAUAAAGACCUUCGAAUGCAAAUUAUGAACCUGCAAGAGGAAAUCGUAACACUUCGAAACGAAAAGAUAAGUGGGAAAAAGAGCGUUGCUGUGCAGACCGUAAACGCUUCAGUUGGUGAAGAAUGCGACUAUUUGGUUGUGAAUACAAAAACAUUGGCUACCAAAGAGCCAGCAUCAGCUCCAACGAAAAAGCAUAGGUGGAAACUCAAAGGCAUCAAGGAUGCCAAAGCGAAGAAGCAACAAGAGGAGCAAGUUCUAAUGAUAAAGAAAAAACUUUCUUUUGAUAAAAAGGAGGAGGGAGAGCUUUCUAUCAAAGUGACAAAGGCAGAAGGCGUUUCACAACAUCAGUCACCAAGAAUCGUCUUAAAGAAUAAUUUAAGUAAGGAAGGUUCUCGCGAAGGAAGCUCCUUGGUUUUGGAAUCGAAGAAAGGUUUAGAUACAUCACCAUUUGCAGUCUCUGCGAGCUAUAACCCAAGUAAAGCUAAGACUAAAACAUUCGAGGAGGGAAUUAUACCUGGAAGCUACGACCACUUCAAAGCCGAUUCGCAAAAGCCGUUCAUUAUAUUGAGUCAGGAAGAAUAUGGUGAACAUUUCUCUCCAAUUGUGAACUGUCGUUUUGCUGGCGAUGGAAGACAUGUUGGGAGUAUCGAUUCAGAGGGAAUUAUAAAAAUCUGGCAUUGUCUUCCUGAACCAAUAACACAGGCAACCAUUGCAUCAAAAUUUCAGUCCUUGUCUUUUGAUUGGGUUCCUAAGCUCGAGGGAAAGUUUCUUUAUGGCAAUUUGACUGGCAAGGUGUCACUGUAUGAUGUUUCUUCAAAGAAAACGUUACUGGAUGGCCACGUUGAAUCAAAAUAUCAAAGAAUCGUUGCAUUAGCGUGCAGCCCGAAUGGAUCCUCGUUUAUCUGCAGCGCAGCAUCUGGCGUGCGAAAGAGGUCUGAGUCGCACAAUGUCUCUACCAGCAAGCGGUUUGUGCAGUUAAGGCCGAUGCACUCGUUGACUGACAGCAACAAGCCGUCUACGGAAGGAGCUAUUUUUGACUGGGAUAUGAAGACCUUCAAAGAGAAAGCAGAGCUUGCUCUUGAUCCUUACCCAGCAUGCAUACACUGCAUGGCUUACAAUCACAAUGGAACACUGCUUGUCACUGGAGCUGCGGAUGGAAUGAUACGUUUGUUUGAUAUGCGAACCUGUGAUUGUCUUGUUGGAUGGCACGCUCAUUCUUCCGAUGUUCUUGACGUCCAAUUCAGUGUGGACGAAACUUCUUUGUAUAGUUUAGGAGCUGAUGGAAAGCUGUGCUUAUGGGAUGUACAUAAAGUGAGCUUCAAGACAGCCGAGUUUUCACUACACGACAGUAGCACAGGCUUGAAUGCAUUGUCGGAUGAUGGUGGCAUCAAGCAACGCGCUGAGAGCAGACCAGGAGGUCGCCUCUUUGCAUUUGAUACAGAUGGAAAACAUAUGAUCACGUGCGCUUCUAAUGGUGCUCUCGUAUUUUCGACUGAAUCGAAGAUAUCUCUGGAACAAGUAAUGGUCAUACCAGGUCAAAAAUCCGCAGUGACAUCACUGGACUGGAACUCGUCUCCAAACUGCUCGAUUUGUGUAACCGGACAGUCGAAUGGCGUUGUUCAGAUCUCUUCUCUUUUACGGAGGUAAUCCGGUCCAGUUCAAUCACUCGAACUGCAAUCUGCCUAGAUAUUUGAAUAAGCUCGUUCUAGGAAGGUAAACUUGCUCAAUGGCCAAUAAUUUCAAUAUUGAUUUUUUCGAAAUACCGUAGUCAGAGGAUACAUUUCAGUCUAAUUUUGUAGCUUAAUUUACAAGAACCUAGCAAAUUAAUGAAUUGUGCUCUUAGGCGUGUGUUGUUCAAGAGCUAGCACAUGACAAAAUCACAUCUAUGUUUCAUAUAGAACCGUCUGUUGUGAGAUUAAUCAUAAACUGACAUUUUAAGCUCAAAGAGGCUUAUAAAUUUGACCUUCAGAUAGUUUUUUUCAAGCUUUUUUUUCAGUUCAGUUUCAGUUCAGUUAAGCUUUCGGUUCUUCUCCUGCUCCAUGUUUUGAUGGCAUAAAACCCUGCUUUUCAUAGGACUGAAAUACGCUAUAAUCAACCCAGUAAGAUUCUUUCAGUGUUCUGAUUUCACCCCUAGACAAAUCGAAUUUAGCCACAAUUAUCCCAAUUGCCAUUUAAUAUAUAAUAAAUUAACUAUCUAUUUCAUGAAAUAGAAUCUUCAGUUAGCAAAUUCAGCCGUCUCAGAAUGUUCUUGUUGAGAUUCCUGAUGUGCAUUGUGUAAUUAAUUGAUUUUAGAUAAUAAAUUUUCUAAAUGUUGUUCUUUAAUUUUAUACAGAAAGUGAAAAUAUGUAUAGUUCUUCUGUGAUUA